CAAACCAACCCAAAUAAAGUAGUAACCAUUAAAUCACUAAUAAAUUAUUAUCAUAUCAGAUAUGAAAAUUCUAAUUUUAAUCUUUUUCCGUUUUUUUAAUUUUAUUUUAUUUUCCAACUUGUUAACCUCACAAUAAAUCCUACCAAUCUUGUGUAUAGCAAAAUGACCACACCAACUUCUUCUGUUUCUUCCAAUCUUCCCUCUUACUCAGAUUUUCUUACACCCUUUGCUUCAGAGUUGAGAUGUCUGGAGGAGUAGUUUGAUAUAGUGAUGCAUCCGUCUACAUAAAAAUUUGAGCAAAGAUAUAUCUUGUGCUGUAAACUUUCGUCAUGGAGUUAAAGGCAAGUUACGACAUCGAGACACCACAUUCUACUCAAAAAAUACUGGAGCAUGAGUUGUGGCCGUUGGAUCCAAUUGAUCCGAAGAAUGCAAAGUUUCCGUGCUGUUUGGUUUGGAAUCCACUUCCCGUUGUCUCAUGGUUGGCACCCUUCAUUGGUCAUGUUGGAAUUUGCAGGGAGGAUGGAGCUGUUUUAGAUUUUUCAGGAUCAUAUCAUGUGGGGGUGGAUGAUUUUGCAUUUGGUCCAGUAGCAAGAUACAUGAAACUCGAUCGGAGACAGUGUUGCUUCCCUCCUAACCUAUCUGCGCAUACAUGCAAACAUGGCUACCGGCAUGCUGAAUAUGGAACCGCAAUCACAUGGGACGAUGCCUUAUCGAAAAGUUUGCGGCAUUUCGAGAGUAAAACUUACAACCUUUUCACAUGCAACUGUCACUCAUUUGUUGCUAACUGUCUGAAUAGGCUGUGUUAUGGUGGAUCAAUGAAUUGGAACAUGGUAAAUAUAGGAAUGUUGAUACUAUUCAAGGGGCAUUGGGUUGAUUUCUGGUCUAUUGUAAGGUCUUUCUUGCCUUUUGCUGUGGUUGUUUGCAUAGGUAUUUUCAUGGUUGGUUGGCCCUUCUUACUUGGGUUACUAUCCUUCUCUUUACUCUUGAUUGGGUGGUUUCUAUUGGGUACUUACCUAGUCAAAAGCCUAUUAGAGUGCUAAAUGUACUUUUGAAUUGAAAGAUGGUCAUGAAUUGUGUUUGCUUAAACAAAAUAAUGAUAGAUUCAAAUCUCAAUAUUGUUAUUGGAACCAGAAAUAAAAAAUUUAUGUCAA